AAGAGUAGAAGAGAGAGAAUUGAAGUGACAUUGUAAGUUAAUCUCUUUUAGCUAACACUGGAUUCACAUAGAAAAAGUCUUCCCUGUCAAGUAGAAUUUGGAAAUGAUGGACCCUUUUAAGGUCUAUCAGAUUUAGACUGCAUAACUUCUCUAAUCCAAUUUGGAAAAGUAGGAGAACAAGCCGUCUUCCAUUUGAGUUAAACAAAUCUCCUGGCUAUGGCGUAGGCCGCAAAAGGUUUGCUCUAAUAGCAUUGAGAUACUCUCCAGCUGCAACAACCUCAAAAAUAGCAGGAAGUGCUUCCUUUUAAGUCAGUACAGAUGGAGGCAGUAGCAACAUUGCACUAGUAACGCAAGCAACCACAAAGAAAUUGGAGACUCAAAGAAGCACCUACAGCAUUUUGCAUCCAGAUUCCUGUCUUGUUUGCAGCCAGCGAUGAAAAUAUUCCCAUCCCAUUCAUGUCUUUGUCUUAUACCAGCUGUGAUAGUAACCCCUGACUGCUCAUAUGAUGCAUCCUGUAUCCCAGUCCAAAGCUCUAACACAUUUUAAAGUUCUCUCUUUAAUCUCUUUCACUCAGUCAUUUUCCCCCCAUCUUUUCUAUUUUUUUUUACAUCAUAGGUAUUCCAGAUCAAAGCUGAGGUAACCAGAGAUCAAAGCCGAGGUAGAGAUUUCAGGAACUCUAGGGAAAGAGGGAGAAGAAGAGGCAGAGGAAAUAAAAGUAGAGUAGAAUCAAUGAGAAGGCUGAUAAGCAACUUUUUGGAUGCCGACUGCCACAAAAUUCACUACCAACCAAGAGGAGAAGGCAACAAAGGAACGUUAUGGAUGCCAACUGCCACAAAACACCACCACUACCACUAACUUAACUAAUUCUUCGCUGACAGAAGCAGAACACUGUGUAUGCACAGUGUAAACAGGUGUGUAAACCGGGCACCUUACACCAGCCGCCAAGAUGGUAAACCAGCUGCUAACACCGCCCCAGGCUGUAAAGCUAGACAAAUUCAUCAAAAAGUCUUUUUACAACAUUGGGGCGAUGAUCUUUGUAGCUAUCUGCUGCGGAGCAUCUGUCCUGAUCUACUUCAUCCUGGAGGCCUUCCUGCGCCCGCUGCUCUGGGCAGUUCUCUGUGGCACCUUCCUCCACCCAUUCAAACAUUCCCUGGCCAACUUUGGCCGUUCAUGGCUCAGCAGCCUGCAACAAAGUGGGACACCCAUCGUGGUGGGGACCCUGUUGGCCCCCGUGUGGUGCGUAAACUACGGGGUGGAGGCAAUGGGCAGGCUGGUGCUGGAGAAGCUCACAGUGUUUUUGGCGAUCGGAGCAGGGGUGCCGCUGGUGUUUUUGCUUUAUCAUUUUCAGAGAGUCAUAGACAUACAGAUGAUCCUCGGGCAUGUCUGUGGAAUCAUUGAGGCCAUACAGGACUGUUUCCACGCUAUAUGGGUGUGCACUGUGGUGUUUGGCUACGCUAUGACUGUUUGUUUCAAGUGGAGUCCCCAAACUGAGCGCCACCUGAAGGUUCUGGCUCUUCCUGUUUGGGUCAUCCUGAUCUUUUACAUAGCGUCUCUGACCGGCUCAGGGAGAGUGCCCAUAUUUGUGAGUGUGGUUAUUCUCCUCAUUGUUGGCUCGAAAGAAAAACCACCUGUUCCUGGCAGAGAUGGUGUUCAGUCUGAGGACUCUGAAAAUGCUGCUCCUGGGUCCCUUGAGGAUCUUUUCCAGGAAAAGAAAAGCGGCCAUAGAGCCAGUGAUAUGUACUUUAUUAUACUGGUCUGGGCCAUAGUUCUGGUUCAGUUCUGGCUCAACAUCUGGAUCCUGAAACUGCUGCCUAUCCUUGUGGCUGUGUGGACGCUAAAGAAGCUGGCAGAGCCGACUCUGUCUUCGUGGUGGACAGUGGUGGAGACGUUUGGACAUGAGCGAGAGGAGGCCCUGCUGCCUCAACCAAUCAAAGCUGUAGCUCAGUUCUUACUGCGCAUUGACACCAAGAUCAUCGUGGGGUUGGAGCGAUCUCUGGAUAAAAUCAUCAGCAUCUUCAUCAUCUUCCUCCUGGUCACAGGGACCCUGCUGAUGGCGCUGCUGCUGACUGCUAUGGUUCAUCAUGAGAGCGUUCAAAUCAUCGAGGUAACUGGUAAUCUCAUCAAUGAGACUGUGUCUAACCAUCCAGAAUGGGCAAAUUGGCUUCCGGAGGCUCACGUGGUCCAGAAGGCUCUGAAUUCAGCUGCUACUAAUGUUUAUCAACAUGGGAGAGAAUGGAUAACACACAAGCUUCGAAAGAUGUUAGGAGACAAAGGGAACAACAUAGCUAUGAUUGAAAAACAGGUUUUGGAGCUUUGGGACCGGUUGUAUCACUCCUGGUUUGUGAAGAAUGUGACCCACUCUGGAAACCACCAUGAUCUUGAGAUGAUUCAGAGACAGAACAGCUGGUUAGUGGACAUUCUGGACUGGAAGGAUUUUGCCUCAUUCCUACAGGAAAAUAUUGAGACUCUGCUCUCUAUCUUGGAGUCUCUCUGGGUGGUCAUGAGCAGGAACAUCAGCCUCCUCAUCUCCACAUCCACCACCCUCUUCACUGUCUUGUUCUACAGCGGCACAGCUCUGCUUAACUUUGCCCUGAGUGUGGUGAUUUUUCUCACCAGUCUCUUCUACCUCUUGAGCUCCAGUGGUGAAUAUUACAAACCUGUGAAAUGGGUGAUCAGCCUGACCCUCCUGUCCCAGACUGGACCCUCCUCCAGUAUUCUGGGUCAGUCUGUAGAAGAGGCCAUCAGAGGAGUUUUUGGCGCCUCUCUGAAAAUGGCCGGCUUCUAUGGCCUCUAUACUUGGCUCACUCACACCAUCUUUGGCAUCAACAUCGUCUUCAUUCCUUCUGCUCUGGCUGCCAUCUUGGGUGCAGUGCCGUUCCUGGGAACCUACUGGGCGGCGUUGCCGGCAGUGUGUGACCUGUGGUUGGCGCAGGGCGAAGGCGUCAAGGCCGUGCUGCUGCUGAUCUGCCAUCUGCUCCCCACGUAUUUUGUAGACACGGCCAUCUACUCUGAUAUCUCUGGUGGUGGACACCCAUACCUGACAGGACUGGCAGUAGUGGGAGGAGCCUACUAUUUGGGUCUUGAGGGCGCCAUCAUUGGUCCCAUGCUCCUCUGCAUCCUGGUGGUGGCAGCCAACAUCUACAGUGCCACGAUGAUGAACUCCAGCAGUCUGACCUAAAACAUGGAGCAGUCACGUCACAUUGACCUUUAUGAGCAGUGAUGGUGUGAUGACGUCAUCGGAAUUCUGUAUGAAAAAUACAAAUGUUGAGUAAUGUUCUUCUUUCUGUUAUUUUGGAAUUUAGAGAGGAAAUAUUUCCUUCCAUAUUUUCUUCCAAACGGAGCCAGUGUAGCUCCGUUUAUAGCUACAGUAUGUGGUUGUGUUGUAUUUGUACGACACUGUGAGUGACACAUGCACAUACAUGUUGUUUCCCCAGAUUUAGUCACAGGGUUCAGAGGAAGUAUUUUUCUAAAGACUAAAAUCGAGGUGAAAUAGAGGAUUUUAUUUUUAAAGUUUAUGCACAGUAUCAGUGCUGAAACUAUGCUACUAUGCUAUUUUGUUGUAUGACGUAUAUAACGCAUUCAAUGUUGUGUUAUCCAUGAAUUUUCACCUUUACUGUUUUACAAAAACAUCAGAAAGAAAUAGUAAAGCACAUUAUGUCAAAUUAUAGUUAUUUACUUGCACUCCUGAACCCAGUGGGUAUAAGGUGAAUUGAGUUUGUUAAAUAAAUAACAAUAACAUUUUUAGUUUUAAACCAGUUUUUGGAAGAUUUCUUAAAUCUUUGUUUUGUUUUUGUGACCGGUCAUAAUAAAUGUGUUAAGCACUGUAUACAUCACACACCUGAGACUUGGUGGUAAAUGAAAUUGUGAAUUAAAACUCUUGCUCCACUCA